UUUGUAUUUAUUUUAACUCGACUAGUUGCUACGUAGAUAAUAACUAUCUCAAGUGGUAUUGAACGUAAUUGAAAUUGAGAGUGCUAGUGGAAACAAGUUACUUGCCGUCAUGUUGUGGUUACUCCUCGUAUUUGGACUUAUAAUUGCCAUAUUUCUUUUUAUAACACUAAAACAGUUUCGAUAUUGGUCAUCCAAGGGAGUGAAGCAAAGUUCAAUUUUCCAACUAUGGGUGGAUAACAUCAAAAUCAUUUUUCAGCUGGUUUCACCGGCUGAACAUACGGUGGAGUUGAAUAAGAGAUUUAGUUCCGAAAGAUUUGCCGGUUCAUGCUAUUACUUUCAACCUCUCUUAUUGCUACGCGCCCCCGACAUGAUCAAACAAAUCGCCAUAAAAGACUUCGAAAAUUUCAUUGAUCGCAUUCAGUUUUUACGUGACGAUAUCGAGCCGCUGUGGACGAAGAGCAUAUUCCUGCUGAGAGGUGACGAGUGGAAGGCCAUGCGAGCAACUUUGAGUCCAUCGUUUACUAGCAGCAAAAUGAAGGGGAUGUUCGGUUUAAUUAAGGAAUGUGCGGAAAACUUCGUCAAGUUUUACGAAGAUAGACGAUCGUCCGCUGAGAGCGUCGACGUUAAGGACGCCUUCGCCCGAUACGCAAAUGACGUAAUAGCAUCGGCCGCCUUUGGAGUGACGUGUAAUUCCCUCGAGGAGCCGAAUAACGAGUUUUAUCUAAUGGGAAAGCAGGCCACUGAUCUGAGUGGAUUUUGGAAGAAUAUAUCGAUCAUUUUCGUUUCUUUUUUUCCAAAACUUGCCAAGCCAUUGGGAUUACGACUGCUUCCGGCAAAGUGCGACAGGUUCUUUCGUAAGGUUAUGAAGGAAAACAUGGAGGAUCGAGAACGGAACGGGAUCAUCAGACCGGAUAUGAUUCAUUUGCUGAUGGAAGCGAGAAAGGGCAAGCUAAAACAUGACGAAGGUCGAGAAGUCAACACGGGUUUUGCGACAAUUGAGGAGUCGGCAAUUGGCAAAGAAGAAAAGUUACAAAACUUGCACUUAACAGAUGAAAUUAUUACCGCUCAAGCACUCAUUUUCUUUUUUGCCGGUUUCGACUCGUCUUCCACGUUAAUGUCGUUUCUUUCGUAUGAGCUCGCUGUCAAUCCUGACAUACAGAAGCGUCUUCACAGGGAGGUGGAUGAUACCUUGGAGCAGUGCAACGGAUCUGUAACCUACGAAGCGCUGUUCAAAAUGAAAUACUUGGAUAUGGUGGUAUCAGAAACGUUGCGGAAAUGGCCUACGAUAACUGCAAUUGAUCGACUUUGUGUAAAACCUUACACUAUAGUACCCACAAAGGAUGGGGAGGAACCUGUACAUCUCGAAGAGGGAGAUUUAGUAUGGUUCCCGAUGUACGCCUUGCACAGAGACCCCAAGUAUUAUCCCGAGCCGGAGCGAUUCGAUCCCGAGCGAUUUAGCGACGAGAACAAGUCAAAGAUCGUACCGUACUCGUAUUUUCCCUUUGGAGUCGGACCUCGCAGCUGCAUAGGCAACAGGUUUGCGUUACUCGAAACGAAGUUGCUGUUCUUCAUCCUUUUGUCUAAAUUUGAGCUUACUGUUGUCGAAAAAACCGAUAUACCUCUACCUCUGUGUAAGAAACAGUUUAGUUUGGCUGCGUCCAAUGGAAUUUGGGUCGGGUUCCAUUCUAGAAGAAAAGAGCUGGAUUGACAAUGAUUAUGCUGCUUCUUUUGGUGUGGUCUUUACGAAAAAACCUGCGUCACAGUAUUAACAUUAAGUAGUAUUAGCAUCAUGCACUUAAACCAAAUAAAUGUUUAUGUAGACAA